GGAUAUUAUUACCCUAGGUAAAUGUAUAUUUGCACAAAUGGUACAACUUCAUAUCUUGUGCAACCAGAGAAAUGAAAAGUUGUGCCUCCUUUGUUUACAAUGAAAUAAAAUGCAUUCUGCUGCCAUGUAUAACUAAUUAGAACAAAUAAAUUUUAAAAAUACUUUAAGAAACACUAUAUUUGGAAUAUAAUGGGAAUGUAUAUUCAAGUCUUAGGAUUGUGAUUAAAGUAGUAGUCUAGGGUCUGGGGUUGUGGCCCAGCGGGAGAGUGCUCGCCUAGCAUGUGCCAGGCCCUGGGUUUGAUCUGCAGCACCACAUAAAAAUAAAUAAAUAAAAUAAAGGUAUGUGUCUAACCAAAAAAAAUAAUAAUAAUCUAAAAAAAAUAGUAUUUUAAGGAAUCAUAAAGCAUUUAAUUUAAUAUGUUAACAAUUUGGAUUUAAUGAUUGGCUGAUUUACUUCAAAACAAAAGAGAAGAGGCUGAGACAAGAGGAUCACAAGUUCAAAGCCACUCUGAGAAUUUUAGUGAGAUCCCAACUCAAAAGAUAAAACAGGCUGAGGUUGUGGCUCAAUGGUAGUCCACUUCUAGUUCACUUUUUCAUUACUACAAAAAAAAAAGGGAAAUAGCAAAGAUCAAAGCAGAAAUAAAUAUGCAACUAUAUUUAGUAUGUUGAUGACCUGAGUUCAAUCCCCAUCACCAACAGAAAAAAAAAAUUGUCAACAACCAUGGAAAUAAUAGUGCUGAUAUUUAUAUAAUAAGCACAGAGAUGUAAAAACACACCUAACUAUAAAAGUAGCCUUGUGGGCCUUCCGCCCGGGCGCUCUCUCGUCUUCUGUUGGUAACCAGCCUUCAGCUACGGGACCCGAAGGCCGAACAGGAGCCGUGGGGCGACCGGGAGCCGGGACCCUUUGUGGCCCACGAUGGGCCCUCGCCGCCGACGCCGCAAGCCAGAGACCCCGAAGAGGCGCAGCACAAGUCCACCUCGCGGGACCCCGCGGCGGGAAGCCUCCUUAGGUUCUUCCUCUCGUCAACAUAGUCGGAGGAGAAUUGGCUGGAUUAAGGAGAUCAAAAAUCUACAGAAGAGCACAGACCUCUUGAUAAGGAAGUACCCCUUCAGCCGCCUGGCAAGAGAAAUAUGUAUGAAAUUCACACGUGGUGUGGACUUCAGUUGGCAAGCCCAGGCCCUGUUGGCCCUUCAAGAGGCAGCAGAAGCAUUUUUAGUUCACCUCUUUGAGGAUGCCUACCUCCUUUCCUUACAUGCUGGCCGAGUCACUGUUUUCCCCAAGGAUGUGCAGCUGGCCAGGAGGAUCCGCGGCAUGGAGGAAGGACUUGGCUGAACUCCUGCAGCACUGUCUCUGGAUGUUACCUGGGACUCUCUGGAGCUACAACUAGAUCCAGUGGUGUCUGAGGUGCUACCUGGAUUUUGUUGUCUCUGAGCGGUGUGUGACUGUUGCCCUUUGAACUUUCUUUAUGAAGGAGAAGAAUGCAUGUUUCCUCUGUAGCAGAGGUGUUAUAGGAGACAAUCAACACAGUUCCAAAGGCCUGAAAAGACUUAGUUGGUGUGUUACUCAUAUGACUCCUAAAGGAUUUUGAAGACAUCAGAUCUGUCAUGUUAUAGGGAAAGGAUAUUUACUUUGUUUUAGAUCUUUCUGUACUUUAUGCAUUUUUUAACCAUGUGUAUAUUUGUACUGUUAUUGAAAAUGAAAGGGAAGAAUAAAAAUAAAUAAAUAUUUUUUUUUUAAAUG